CUCAGAACUUCCGGAAUAUGAGCUGCGGGAACUUGUAUUCUCUGAGUAACGGAAGGUAGCGGUUCCGCUAUGGAUACUGAGGAGGCGAGAGACUUUAAUGAACGCUGUACACAGUGUGCUGCUGUUGCCUGGGGAAUUACUGAUGAAGGAACAUAUUAUUGCACAUCUUGUCUCAAUGUUACAGAGAGGCAUAAGGAGGUUGAAAGUAUUGUGGAUUUUACACCUAACACAAAGAUCCAAGCCAUCAACAGAGGACUUAAAAAAAAAAGGAAACUUGAGAAAGGCUGGGAGUGGUAUAUCUGCGAAGGUUUUCAGUAUAUACUUUAUCAACAAGCCGAGGCUCUGCUAUCCCUAGGAGUAUGUCCCAAAUUAAAGGAUGAAGUAUUACAUAAUUUUUGGAAGCGUUAUCUUCAAAAAAGCAAGCAGGCAUAUUGCCGGAGGCCAAUUUAUUCCAAUGAUAAUAAAUCUGUAGCAUCUGACAGCUAUUUGAGUCUUUCAGGCUUGGAUAGUGAACCUGAGCUGCUUAGUAUCCAUAGCUACCCUUUCUCAGAAAGUGAAGUAGAAUCUCAUUCUGAAGUCAGUGAGAGACUGAUUCUUCCCAACAUCAAAUUUGCACACUCUGAAACUACUUCUGUAUGUUCUGGAUCAGUUGAUGGAGUCGAGUACUCAAGGCAGAAGGAAAAAGGGAUUUUGAAGAUGACUAUGCCAAUGACACUUGCAUUCUGCUAUCUGUCAUUACUUUGGCAGAGGGAAGCAAUUACCCUUUCAGAUCUCUUGAGAUUUGUAGAAGAUGGUCAUAUUCCCUACAUAAACAUUCACCAGAAUUUUCCAGAGGAGAUGAAGUUAUAUGGAAGAGACAUAAAAUUUUUUGCCACUGAGUCUUGGCCUGUCUAUGAAGAUAUAUAUGAAAAAAUGAUUGCGCUUGCAAAAUUUUUGGACUUACCUCGUUUUCCAGAUGUAACUGAGAAUUGUUUUCUCCAUCCAAAUAUGUUGUGUAUGAAAUAUUUGAUGGAAGCCAAUUUACCUGAUGAAAUGAAUAGCCUGACUUGUCAAGUGAUCAGAAUGAUUGGAAUAGGAGAAGUGAAUUUUCUGACAUUUGAUCCAAUAACUGAAAAGACAAGGACAGUUAAAUAUGAUGUUCAGGCUGUGGCUAUCAUUGUUGUGGUGUUGAAACUUCUCUUUUUAUUGAAUGAUAAUGUAGAAUGGUCCCUUUCUAGCCUUGCUCAAGAAAAUAACGAAAACAAUCCCAAAGAUAGGCCAUGUUUUGACUUCAGAAAGUGGUAUCAGAUUAUGAAGAAAGUAAUUGAUGAGAAACAACAAAAACAAGAGGAAUUCAGAGCAAAGUACCAAUGGAAAAGCGAAAAGCCACUUUAUUAUUCAUCAGGGGACAGAUCAGUAGUUUACAAAAGACGACGAAUGGUAGUGAACCUCCAAAAGCAGUUUAGCAUACUGGUUGAUUCAGCAUCAAAUCCUGAAAAGAAAAAACCUUCAAGUUUCCAGUUAAAUUGGACAGAAGACCAGAAUACAACUUGCUUCCAUGGACACAGUCUUGAGAAAAUCCUACAAAAGAAAGGCAAAUCAUUAAUAACCCUCAACUCACUAUAUUGGCUUAGUACUCAGAAAUUCUGUAAGAGUUACUGUAAACAUGUGACUACCUAUGAAGAAUCAAAUUUUUCUAUGAGCUACCAGUUUGUACUAAAUUUUUUCUCCUUUUUACUGAGGAUAAAGGCUUCACUACUUCAUGAAGAGGUAAGCUUAAUUGAAAAGAGACUCUUUUACAAAAAAUAUGAGAAUAAAAGUAAAGCCUCCAAAUCCAAAAAAGCAUGAAGACCUUAAAAGUGGAAAUGAUUUUGAGAAAUUUGCUUCUACAUAUAUUCACAGUGUUUUUGCCACAAAACUGUACUUCAUUACUUCGAAAGAUUUAUUGUUUCAUUGUGCACAGUCCAUCCAUCAUUGCAGAUGACAAGUUUUACAUAUCUUAAGACAUUUUAAUGAGUUGCUGUAAGUCAAAAAUAAAUCCUGGUAGCCAGCAUUCCUGUGAUAAACCUCUUCAAACUUAGCUAGGAUGAUCCUUAGGCCUGUUGCCAGGCUCAUCCUUGAAGUCUUGUCAACUUGAUAUCACCUGCCAGAGUGGUAAUCUGCUGUCAGAGAGAAUUCAGAAUCACCUCUACACCAUGAAGAAGCAUCAAGAAGAACUUAAUGGAAAUAACAUCGUUUAUAAAGCCUUUAUGUUAACAUUAUUGAGCAAAGCAAAAUAUUAGUCAGAUGUUUUCAUUCAUUUGUGAAACAACCAUUAAAACUGUUUUAUCUUUAUAUUUCCCCUAUGGCUUAGCUUGGGGUUUAUUGAAUCAAGUUAAAACAAAAGAUGGGGGAAUUUAUUGCUUAAAAGUGACAUAACUAAAUCAUAUGUUGAAUUAAAGUACAAAAGAUUUUUUUAAAUCAUUUACAUAUGUGUGUAUUAAUCCAUAUGUAUAAUUACAUAAGUGUUACAAAUUUUCAUUAUAUGUGUGUAGGCUCAUACUUAUGCAUAUAAACAGCUUUGGUGUAGUGACUAGAGAGCCAUGUUUGGAGUUAGAAAAACGUAAGUUAAAAGUCCUGUUUCUGACACAUUCUAGGUAUGUGAAGUCACCUAAUCUCUUAGUGCCUGUGGAAAUAAGACUGAAUUGCAGAGCAAAUUGGUGAAUUUCCUCAUUGAGAAUCCCUGUACCAAUGAAAUCAUAGGUCAUCUUUAAAAUAACAUAUUUGUUUACAUUCUCCUCCAUUAGUCUGUAAGGUCUUUGAGAGCAAAGAUCAUGCUUUUGACAGUUUUUUGUAUUAUCACCAGGGCUUUGCCCAGUGCCUGGAUACAUGGAAAGUACUUUAUAAAUGCUUGUUGACUUGACUGUUUGACAAUGCUUACAGAGUUCUGUAUUAAAAUAACAGUUAUACUAUAUUAAAAACCGAUAUCUAAUUUGAGCUAUUUAUAAAUUUUUUCGGGAAAUGAGUGCCACAGAAGUUACAUAAAUAUUAUGUCUGAAAUUUUGUAUUCAUUUUUCAGCAAAAAUUAAAUUGUUUGCUAAAGAAUUAAAAUGGAAAACUUUCAUUUGAAUCUAGGUAUUAUGAAUAUUAUAUAAAGUAUAGGGAGGUGUACAACUGACUGUAUAGUCUUCACAUUUAUGAACCUUUAGUCCAAAGUAGGCCUCUUUAGAAUGUGAUAAAAAUACAUUGUGUCUUGAGUCAGUCUUGAUAGAUACAUUUCUUUAAUGGUGAGCUGGAGAAAGAAUGUAAUUGGAAGAAAAGAGAAUAAAGAAAAACUUUGGAGAUGUUUCUAGAAUCUAGUUGAAUUCAUAUAAACCCAAGUUGAUUCAAGAUAUAAAUAUAAGCUUUGGUAAAGGAAUAUCAGACACACAAUAUUAACUUGCCAAUAGUUAAUACUUUUCACAUUUUUAUAAAAGGCAAAAUUUGAUGUUUAACAGUAGUCAGUAAUUUUUUUGACUGUAAAAGAGAUUUCGAAUAACUAUCCUCUCUUCCAGAGCUUUCAUGCAAAUCCUUUUUCAGCUCCCACUUGAAAGGGAUCAUAAGUUUCACUGAAAAGCCUUAGAGGUCCUUUAUAGAUCUGAGAUUCUAUGGUUCUUCAAGAGCUAAUUGUUGGAAUGAGACUAUCUUUCAGUCUUUGUUGAAAGAUCUUUUAAUUGUGAUUUAUUCAAGCAAUAGGUUUAUUUUAAUAGCUUAAAAAUAUUUUCUAGUUCAUAUUGAUAAAAAAGAAAUUUCAAGUAGUUGCAAUACUUUUUUAACCUGUUAUCUUUUGUAUUUGAUUUUAUUAUCUAAAUAUAGGCUCCAGUUAUUUGAGCAGUUGGUAGUCCCUUAGUAUGCAAAUUUUAUACCAACAUUUUUUAUUUCAGCAGUUUUAUUUUUCCAAUUACAUGUAAAUAUAGGUCUCAGCAUUCAUUUUUGAAAGAUUUCAAGUUCCAAAUUUUUCCUCUUACCUUCUCUUUAUUUUCAACUAUAAUAAGCAUGAAUUAAGACAGUUUUGACAUACUACCUCAUUUAAUCACCCUGGCAUAAAAAAAAAAAAAAAAACUAAAAGUGACAAAACUCAGCAAUAAAUGGUUCCUAAAAAAGUAGGUUUGCCCAUAUAUUGCCAAAAUAGUUUGUAGAGAACAAUAAAGAUAUACAACAAAAGUGAUAAAUAUUCAUACUUUUAAUUUCACUCAAUAAUAGGUCCUCAGAUAACAGCUAAAUGUGGGGGUGGGGGGUUGAAGGGCUCAUCUUAGAAGCCUCUCUAAUUUUAUAAGUAUAAAAUUAUAAUUAUUACCUAACCAGCAUAUCAUUUCUCUUUGAAAGAUCAUUAGUGAGGAUUAUGGAAAAUGUGGGCAUAAUCGUCCCACAAAACCCCAAGUUCUAAGUAUGUCCCAGAAGGAAUAAUGAAGAAAACCAGAAAUUUAGCUAUAAAACUCUUCCAUCCAGUAUAGAGCUACAUCAGAAGACUAAUAUAAUCUUAUGAAAGACAGACAAGCCAUAGUAGGUAAAAACAGCAGACCAGACAACAGCAGACAGUGCCAGAGCAAUACCUAGCAAAGGGCAACCCUAGAGUUUCAGGCACAGCAGGAGGCCAGAUCAUAGGAGCACCGGGUUCAGGGUGACCCCAGAAGACCAGUAGGACAUGAUGCAGCUUAAAACUGUAUAAAAUGUGGAACAACCCCAGAAAUCCGACAGAAGCAAGAAAUGAGCCCAGAUCAGGAACCUAUACCUGAGGCACCCACACAGCCUAUGCAAAAUGCUAUCUAAUAUCCAGGUUCCUUGACUUUGAACCACUGUGAGAGAAAGAAUACACGGUUUCUACAAAAUGUAGGCCCUAUUCUUGGCCAUUCUACUCAGCAGCAGGCAAUACCUGUCUACACCAUCCAGAAGAGUAGAAGUAGAGUUUGACCCAGACAAAACCCCUGUUUCUUCCAGAAACAGAAGCUAGAAAUGAGGAAAGAAGAAAAUACCCAGCUCAAUGAAAAAAAAUUUUGGACUGAAAUAUCCAAUAAUUAAAUGUAGUAGAAGACUAUUCCAUAAAUUCAAGUAAGGCCUUGGGGGGAAAAUUUUUUUAGCCAAAAAGAUCACAGGAAUACCUGUAAAUAAGAUGUAAAGUAGCUAAAGAGGAAAAAAUGGCAAGCAGAAUUAACUUAGAACAGAUAAUGAUAAACCUUAUCCAGGAUAAUUCUUGAAAAUUUAAAGGGUUGAUCCAAACAAAGUGACUCAAUGAGAUAAUAAGAAAUAAUAAAAGAAAAAAAUUGAAAGAAUAAAAGAAAAUAUAAGAUGUUAGGAAACAAAUCAAUAUUAAAGUCUUCAGACUACCUGAAAAUCAUAAUUUCUCUUCCCAACCCCCUUUCCAACUUUGGAUACAAUAUUUUCAGAAAUCAUAUGUAAAUUGCCCAGAUCUUUAAGAACAAACUUUCUUUUUUGAAAGAAAUUCCAAAAUUCCAGAAAAAUGGGGGAAUAAUUGGGGAAAAAAAAUAGGAGAAAAGGGAAUUUACUGUCCCAUGUUAUAGGAGUAUAUGAAAUGAAACAUGCAGAUAUGGAGUAAAGGAUCAAGGGAAUCAGAUUUCUAUGAUUCACUUUCAUCUUGACUUAAGUAAAAAAGAGUUGAAUACAUGCAAAGUGAAGUGUCUAAAUACAAUUAAACUCAAUGGAGAAAGGAGAGGAAAAGUUAGAGUUCAAAAGAAGGGCAAGAAAUAUGAGGGAGUAGUUAUAAUCUCCACUUCUAUCUCUUUUCCUCCCAAAAUCCUUCCUCGAUCAAGUGGGAGCAUAAAGGGAGGAAAAUAGUAAGAAUCUGUGAUUGAGUAUGAGUCAAAGCCAAAAAGAUACUAUCUCUUAUAGAUCACAAAUAUUAGGUAAAUUCUUAAAACACCUUUGUGAAGAGGGAGACAGAGGGACAAAGAGAAGAAAGCAAUAAAGGACAAUAUGAAAGGCAAUAAACAACGAAUAGUUAAAAUAAUGUAAACAGGGUGAAUUCUCCCAUAAAACAUAAGAAGGUAGCAGAAUGGAUUAGAGGGUAGAAUUGAGCAAUAUAUUUGUUACAAGAAAUAUACUUGAAGCAAAGAAUCACACAAUAUUAAAAUGAAUUGGAGCAGAAUCUAUUAUGCUUCAGGUGAAUUCAAAAAAAAGGAUAGUAAUCCUGAUUUUUGACAAAAAAUAUAGUAAAGAAUUGACAGUAAAAAAUCAGCUCAGACACUUUCUCUUUAAAGACAUCAUAUAGAUAAUGAAUCAGUGAAUGAAUAUCUAUACAUAUGCAUAUACAUAUUUAUACAUACAUAUGCAUAUGUGAAUGUAUGUAUUCAUCAAAUAGUAUGGCAUCUAAAUAAGAAAAUGCUUAUCAGAUUUUAGGGAGGAAUAGUAAUUAUGAGUCAUUAUAACAUUAUAAUAAUAUGUAACAGAAAUUGACAAUAAUGAAGCCUUUUCAGGUCUAGAUAAACAAGAACAAAGUUAAGGAUGUGAAUAAUAUUUUUGAAAAGUUAAAGAUGAUAGCUCCCAGGUGAUGGAUGGGAACAGAAAAGAAUUUGCAUAUUUCUUACCUGUGAAUGGCACCAUUAUAAAAAUUGACCAUGAGGCAUACACAUCUCACAAAUGCAGAAAAACAAAUACUAAUUACAUCUUUUUCUGACCAUUAUGCAAUUUUAAAAUUACAUUUUAAAAAGUCUUUAAAGAAUUAAAAAAUCAAUGGAGACUAAAUCACUCAAUCUAAAAGAAUUAGUGGAUCAAAAAAGAAAUCAUAGAAUCAAUCAAAAUCACAGUAAGAAGGCAGCAUACCAAGACUUAUGGAAUAUAGCUAAAGCAGUCCUUCAGGGAAAAUUCAUAUCUCAGGGCUUUCUUUAACAAAAAAAAAUAAGAAUUUUGGGAACUUUUACUCAAUUCUUAAUAUUUUCCUAUAUCUCAACUUCCUUCUAUUAAAAUCAUUGCUAUAGAACAAAAACAUCUCCCAGGUCUCCUGCCUAUGUUAACUUAUUAAAGACUUUAGAGUUCUGAGAAGACAUUUGGUUCUUAGUUUUCUACUAGGAAGACAACAGAAACAAGACAACAAAUCAACUUUACUCUUCCUUAAUUGUUUUAAAAAACAAAUUAUAGGUAACUUUGAGCAAUGUUAAGACCAAAUACUUUUUAAAAUUCAAUUUUAUUUUUUGAAACAAAAAUUUUAAAUUUCCCCCAUCAACUCCUUCUCUCUGUUUGUUUUACCUGCUCACCCCCAAACCAAGAAAGCAAAAAUAAAACAAAUAAACAAAAUCAACACCCUGUUACAAACAUGUAUAGUCAAGCAAAACAAAUUCCUACAUUGGCUUGUCUAAAAAAAAUUUCUUAAAGUAUACUUGAGUCCACUCAGGAGUUGUGAAGUGUUUCAUUAUUAGUUUUUUGCAAUUGUGAUUAUUCAUUAUUGGAUUAAAAAAAAAAUUUGUCCUUCUCAAAAUCAAGUCUUUGUAUUGAGGUGUCAAUUUCAUUAAUCUUUUGAUUUUUUUCAAUAUUUCUGCUUUGUUGUUUAUUUGGUGGGGGAAGGAGAGGCAAGGGUGGAGUAAGAUGCUCCCAAGUUCUUAUUUUCUUUUGCUGAAGAAAGCCCUGAGAUAUGAAUUUUCACCUAAGCGCUGCUUUAUUGUUGUAUCCCAUAAGACUUGAUAUGCUACCUUGCUGUGAUUUUCUUUGAUGACAUUUUCUAUUGUUUCUAUGAUUUGUUCUUUGAUCCACUAAUUCUUUAGAUUAAGUGAUUUAGUCUUCUUAAUUUUUAAUUCUUUAAAGGCACUUUUUAAAAUGUGUGUAUUUCAACAAGUAAACUAUAAAAUAGGUGUUGCAAGGUGGAUGGAUUGGGUAAGGCUAGAAAAGACAGGUCUUGAUUGAUUUUUCAUAGAUGUGACUUGUGGCUUUCUAGGAAUUUAAUGAUUAAAAAGGGUCCUUUUGCCACUUGUGUGCCACCAUAUUUAGUGAUUUGUAUAAGAAUUUCUUUUCCAAAAUCUUGUUUUAUAUUUAUGAUAACAAAAGUCUUUUACUAUCAUGAAGUAUGAUUUUGUAAUUAAAAUGUUGGUACUGGUCCUCCAAAAUGUAAUGUAAAAGCACAUUUAAGACAAAAUAGAGACAUACAUUUUAAAUAGCAAGAAUAUGGUACCCAGUGAAAUUUUACAUGAUUUUUCAAUCCUUUAUCUGACAAACAGUUAUUGAAUAUUUACUAUAUAGGUAGAGGUAGGUGUGGCAAAAUGUGGGAGGUACAAAAUGAAUAAGAAAGAUAAAGUUCCUCUUCCCAAAGAGUUUAUAAUUUAACAGGCAACAGAAUGCAUGUCCAAACAACUAUAGAAAGCAAAAUUUCAAAGUCCAAUAAAAAGUUUUAUGAUAACUCAAGGAAUAAACAAAUUAUUUCCAGCAUGGGGUGGGGAGGAGAAAUUCUAGAGGAGGUGACAUUUGAACUAGCAUUUGGAAGAUAGAAUUGGGGGAGGGUUAGAGUAUAUCGGGUAUAUGGGGACAUGAUAAAUAAUGAACAGAAGGCAUCAAAAUGAGGAAACAGAAAAAUUCUACAUACAGGCAACAUGAAUGGGGGUGCGGAUAUAGUUAGGGAUGUCAUGGAUUAGAAAAUAAAGGAUUCAAGUUAUCUAGUGUGCCUUUGUAUAUGUAUACAGAUUGAUAUGUUUGAAUAAAAAGUUGAUCUUAUAAACAACUUUAAUCUUUCAACUAAAGGCUAUAGCAGAAGUGAUUUGGGGCUUUUGUCACUGAUUUUCAUUUAUUAACCAAUACAGGUCUGAAGCCAAGCUCCACGUAGUCAUUGUUUGGGCCCAUUUGGCCCAGAGUGAAUGUAAAUAGAAAUUCUUUUAUUAUUAUUAUUAUUACAUUCUUUUUUUAAUAAUUUUUUUUUUAUUUUCAAAACAUAUGCACGGAUAAUUGGACACCAUUGACCUGUUUCAGAUUUUCCCUUCUUUCCCCAACCCCUCCCCUAGACGGCAAGAAAUUCAAUAUAUGUUAAACAUGUUAAAAUAUGUUAAAUUCAAGAUGUAUAAAUGCAUUUAUAUAAUUCUCUUGCUGCACAAGAGAAAACAUCAAAAAAAGAAAAUAAAUAAGAAAACAAAAUGUAAAUGAACAACAACAAAAAGAUAAUGGCGUGUUGUGAUCCACAUUCAGUUCCUACAGUCCUUUCUCUGGGUGUAGUAAAUAGCAGUUCUUUCUGUUUGGCCAGAGACCUUGAGAGUAUUCUCCUCUCUGGUGGAUAUAUUUGUUUUUCUGUUUAGUUGGUUAGGUACAAGAGGCCAUUCUCCGCCUCACUUCUUAAUUAGCUUUAAUCACUGAUUGGGCCCUUCCUCUGUCAAAGUGAGACCUGAUGAAAACCUUAGUUUAAAAGGUCUAAUGUCUCCCACUACAUCCAGAGCCAUCUCUAGUCAUCCUGAUCUGUAUCUGGCCACUGACCCCAGAUGGAGGAGAAAGCGAAACUGCUGACCUUGCCCAGCCCUCCCUCAUUAAAAUCCAGUUCACAUGCCUCUCAUGGCAUCACCUUCUUGAUGUCAUGGUCCCCUCAGAGAACAAAAAACAAACAGUAGCAGAAGUGAUGGACUUAGAGGCUUAGGAAAAGACCUUCAGCUUAAGAACCUGGAUUUGGCAUCAGAAACAUCAGGAUGAAUGCCUUGAUGUGAUAAUAUUCAUCUAAGCAAAGUCUACGCCAUUAGCCAGAUGAUAAUCUUGUAAUAUUAACAUACAAACAAUAAUGACUACAGAGCAAUAUUAAGAACAUUUUUUGAAAGUGGUGCAAAUGAUGGUGGAUGAAAUAGCAGCUAGGGCAAAGUGAUACUAGCUUCUCCCUAGAUUGUUUUAUACUAGACUGAAUAAGAAAUGUGGACAUUUCAGACUAUUAGAAAAAGAAAAAACUGGAAGUAUUUUUCAUUGAUUUCACAGUUUUAUUAAGAGGAGUGUAUUUUUUGGUUUUGGUGUGGAAAGAAUUUUAAUAUAAAGUCUUAAAAACAAAGACUAAAAAUACUUGAAAUGAGUCAGAUAUAGUGAGUUAUCAAUAACACAAGUUUGUUUCUUAAAACUAAAAAUGGUUUAUUAAGUGGUCCUCAUCAUAUAAUUAUGUAAUAUUCUCUCUAAAAUAUAAUGUUCUGUGUUAAGGUUUUCUUGGAGUCUCUAGGAGCAGCUUUCAUUUCAGUUCAGUAAUCACAAGAGUAGCCAGGUGAUUAAAGUCCAAACCCUUUAUUGUCUCCUUCAAAGUCUUGUCUCCUUCACUUGGGGUUCAGCUAGUUUUCUGGAGGUCCAUCUCUCUCCUUGGUUCCGAGAGCUUGAGCUCCCCCGCCUGCCUUCUCUGGCUUCUGAAUCUCCCUGACUCCAAAGGUUUGUGCUUCAACCUUUAGCCACUACAAAGGUGGAUGAUGGAAUGAAUCUGUCUCAGCUUCCGAGAACUUCUGAUGUACCUGCCUUUUUUGGCCCUGAGAGCCUCUCACUUAUAUGUUCCACACUGAGUGUGCACCAAUCAUUAUAUCACUAGGAAACCAUUAUUUGUUGUAGGAUUAAAUCAUUGCUAAAGUAGAUUUAACCAUUGUCUCCUCAAUUCCACUUAGUACCUUGUUUCAAGUUCUGGCCCAUAACAUCUUCUUGUAGAUUAAAUCAAUCAUACUCAACCAUGCUAAAUUAAAUAACUAUUGUCUCUAUCAAUUCCACUGACUUAGCAUCUUCUUUCAAGUUCUGAACCAUAAUAUCUCCUGCUUUCUUUUGUUUUUGGAACAUAAGUAGUCAUGACCUCCCUGACUUCUCAAGGAGGUGAGAACCCUCAAAAAGGAGGUGAUCACGCCUUCCCUGACUGCUCAAAAAAGGGGUGAAAACACCAUAAAAGGAGGUGAUCACACCUCCCUGACAGGAAGGGAGAUGAAAACACCAAAGUAAAUGGAAAAUCAAAUCAGAUUAGCGGGUUUCUGAAGGUCUCACUCCCAUCAAAAUGGGAGGUAUUACACAUAAUUACAUAAAUUACAUAAGCACAUAACAAUAUAACACAGACUAGUAGUGAUGUAACAAAUAACAUGAAUCAAAACGAGGAAUUAUAUAUGUCCAUAAGACCUAGAAAUAGUCCAAAAGGAAUCUAUUGUCCAUUACUUCAUGUACCAGGAAUCCAAUAAUUCCUACAAAUUUUGAAGUCCUGCAAUAGUCUUAUCAACAAUUUUUCAUCUCAGGAAAUCCAAUGAUUCCUGCUGGUUUUAAAGUUCUUUAACAGUCUCAUUAUCAGCUAUGCUCUUUCAGUGCCAGAUGUUUUUUAGAUCUUCUCCUUUGUUUUGAGGUUUUUCUCUUUUUUUCUGUCUCUCUCCAAUGGACAAGGCAAAUACAGCUCGUUGGCACCCAUCUGAUUCCUUCUCCAUUUGUAGAAAUACAAGCAAACCCUUUCUCCCCAGCAGUUAACCUAUCUGGUCCCUUCUAUUUACCACUUUCUAAAUCUCUUCUCAUCACCUGGCAAUUACAUUGGAGUUGCGGAUUAUAUUGGAGCUACUCGCUCUGGACAGUGCUCUUCUGUUGGGUUAAAAAGCCUGUAUUCUCUCCAAUUGUAAUCCCUUUCUGCUGUCUGAUUGCUUUUCUGCUGGUUGAUCAUGUAAUCCCUUUCUGCCAUCUGAUUGCCUUUUGGCUGAUUGAUUAUGUCUUAAUAUUGAACUUCUAAAGACUGACUGAGUGUAACUUUGGCAGCCAUCAUACCCCACCUGGGGCCCUGAAGCUGGGCCCUGCCUCUCAUUUCCCUGGAUCAGUCUACAUUCUGUGAGGCCCAGUGGAAGCCCUUGUGGCAUUUUGGACAUGGGGUUUUGGGUCUUCUCUCAGCCUGACUUCUCAUUUUACCUCUCUGUACCUAAACUAGGCUCUCAGAUGUCCAAUUUUUCCACACUGAAAGCAUCAAUGAGUUUCUCUAGAAGUCGCUUGCCAAGAGGGACCCUGUCUUCUGAAUGUUCAUCAUAAUCUGGGUAUAAUAAGCAUUUGUGCCCACUAUGGCACAGCACCUUAUGAUCUCCUCUAAAGGAGCAUCUUUGUGUAGUGCCCAUAUAAUUCUUCUACAAACCUCAUAAACGUUUUCUUUAGCCAGUUGUCUGAUUAUUAUUCUUGUAGCUGCAUUUUCUCCAAUGGUUCUUGUUACAGCUGUCUGCAGACAUCCCACAAAAUCAGCAAAAGAUUCAUUGGGACCUUGCUCUAUUUUCAUGAAGGCUUCCCCUCCAUUUUUCCUGGGAAGGAGCACUAAGCUUUGAUUGCAGCAGCAGCAAUUUGUUCAUAAGCUGCUAUGGGGUGAUUAGUCUGUGCUAAACUGUCUGUGUAUUGAUCUUCAUCUGCUAGUUGAUCAAAGAUAAUUGGAAUAUUAACUCCAGUUUGCUUAUUGCAUUGGGCUUGAAUACUGCAUAAUUCAUGAUACUCUGAAAGCCACAACAAGUUUUGUCCAGAUUCUAAACAUGUCCUUGCUAUGGAUUUCCAGUCACUAGGGAUUAUGGUUUCAUAAGCCAAAUUCUCUAGUAGCAUCUUAACAUAAGACAAUGUAGCCCCAUAAAGAGUGCAACCUUUUUUCAAAUCCUUAAUUUUUUCCAGAUGAAAAGGAGUGUAUCUUCUCCAUUGUUGACCUGAAGAGUCAAACUCUUCAAUCACAGGGUAUGCAUUUAUUAAAUCGGAUAUAUCCUGUCCUUCUUUUUUAGCCUUAACCAGUGCCUUUUGUAAUCUUGUCAUAGGCUGCUUCAUAGAUGGUGCUGAUUGUGUUGCUGCCUUUUUCCCUCCUCCUUCUCCCUCCACUCAUGAAGGGUUAAUUGAGGGGUGGAGGGUCAUGAGAUGGGGAAUGCCCUAAUGGCUUCUGCUGUGAAGCAUUACACUCAGAAUUGUACUUAACUCCAUUCUUAUCUGAUUCUUCAUCUUUUUCACCUAGUUUGUCUGGAUCAUCUCCCUCCUGCUCUUUCUUCUUUUUCCUUGUUCUAUAACUUAUAUAAUUUCCUAAAGCCAGUUGCAUUAAAUUAUAUGUAUAAAGUUUUUCCUUGGAAAUUGAGUCAGGUCCAUUAUCAUUGUAGAAUUGACAUAGUUGCUCUCCUACUAAUUUCCACUUGUUUGGAAUUCUUUUUCCUUAGAGAACCAAGGAGAUGUGUACUGUACUGUUUCUAAAAGUUUAAUGAUCUGCUCCCAAGUUAAUGAGUUUAACUAAGCUUUUGACACAUUUUCCUUGAAUUGGAAAAAAAGGCUGUUUUCUAAACAUCCAUCUCAUUUCAGCUGAAAUAUUACUUUAGCCCUUAACAAAGUUUCCUUGUCUGUUUUUGUACUUAUCCUAAUUUUUGGGUCACAGUUGAAGGUUCUUGGUCCCAAGUUCAGGCAUCAAAAUGUAAUAUUCUCUGUUGAGGUUUUCUUGGGGUCUCUGGGAGCAGCCUUUGCUUCAGUUCAGUAAUCACCACAUGAGUAGACAGGGGUUAAAUUCCAAAUUCUGUAUUGUCUCCUUCACUUGGGGUUUGGCUAGUUUUCUGGAGGCCGGUCUCUCUCCUUGGUUCCAAGAGCUUGAGCUCCCACCUGCCUUCUCAGACUUCUGAAUCUCUCCGACUCCAAAGGUUUGUGCUUCAGCUCCAGUCACCACAAAGGAUGAUGGAAUGAAUCUGUCUCAACCUCCAAGAGCUUGUAAUGUGCUUGUCUUUUUUGCCCUGAGAGCUUCUAUCUUAUAUGCUCCACACUGAAUACACACCAAUCAUUAUAUCACUAGGAAACCAUUAUUUGUUGUAGGAUUAAAUCAAUGCUAAACUAGAUUUAACCAUUGUCUCCUCAAUUCCACUUAGUACUUAGUUUCAAGUUCUAGCCCAUAACAUCUCCUUGAAGGAUUAAAUCAAUCAUACUGAACCAUGCUAAAUUAGACAACUAUUAUUUCUAUCAAUUCCACUGACUUAGUACUUUGUAAGAAUCCUCUGUUUCAAGUUCAGAGUUCUGGCCCAUAACAAUUAAGGUAUAUCUUUUUUUAAAUUACAAAACACUGAUUUUUUUCAAGCUAAACUUUUUAAAUCUGAUUAACUUUAAAACAUGAGAAGAAACCUCCCCUCCUCCUUUGCACAGUCAAUUGCACGGUCAAUCCAUCAAUAAACAUUUAUUAAUAAGUACCUACUAUGUACCAGGCAUUAUGCUAAGCACUAGGAAUACAAAAAAAGGAAAAUAUAGUCCCUGCCCUCAAGGAGUUUACAAUCUAAUGAGACAACAUGUAACAAAUACAUACCUAGCAAGCUAUAUACAAGAUAAAUAGAAAAUAAUUAAAAGGGAAUGGGCACUGAAAUUAAGAGGAUUGGGGAAGAUUUUUUGUUAAAGGUGGAAUUUUAGUUGGGACUUAAAGGAAGCUAGAGAGGUCAGAUGUCAGCAUGAAGGAGGGAGAGAAUUCCAAGUAUGGCAUGAACAGCCAAAGAAAAUGCUCGGAGCAGAGAGAUGGAGAGUCUUGUUCAUAGAAUAGCCAAGAGACCAAAGUCACUUGACUGAGUGGUACUUGUCUGGGAGGAAGGUGUAAGAUGACAGAAAAGGUAGGAGUUGCUUGGGUCAUGAAAAACUUUAUAUGCCAAACAAAGCAUUUUGCAUUUGCUCAUGGAUGCAAUAAGAAACCACUGAAGUUUCUUGAGUAGGAGGAUGACAUGAUUGGACCUGUACCUUAGAGAAAUCACACUAGUGGCUGGAUGGAGGAUGAAGCAGAGGGAGCACAAAGCAGGCAGACUCAUCAGCAGGUUACUGCAGUAAUUGAGGCACAUGACUGGUACCAGAUUGUCGGCAGUAUCAGAAGAGAGAAGAUAUAUUCUAUAAAUAUUGCAAAGGUGAAAUCGAGAUCUUGGCAACAGCAUAGUUAUAUGGGCGGUUCAAAGAUAGCUAGGAAACCAAGAUGUUAAGGAGGCAAGGAAGAUUGUGCAUAUUUUCAUAUUUAUGUAUUGAUCAGUUAUGCUGACUUUUCUCUACCUUAAAAAAAGUUCUUUGUUAUAUGUGAUGGCUCUUUGGGAGGAGAAUGGGUGUAUUAAUUAAUAGAUAUGUUAAUAUGUAUAUCAUAUAUAUGUAAAUAUUCAACAGAUUUCAAUAAAAUUUAUAUUUUUUAAAACUUCAA